AUGGCGACAUCACACAAUCUCACUGCAACACCUGCAGGAUCUCCACCCACACCUACGGCCACGUCCACGUCCAGCAGCAACAACAACAAAAACAACACCGUCCUCUACCUCGCCUACGGCUCCAACCUCGCAUCCUCCACCUUCCGCGGCACACGCAACAUCCACCCGCUCUCCAGCACAAACGUCCUCGUGCCCUCUCUCAAACUCACCUUCGACCUCCCCGGCUUGCCAUACGCUGAGCCCUGCUUCGCAAACACGCACGCGCGCGAUCCAGGGAAUCCGACCACCGACGAUCCCGCCUGGAAACACGGACUCGUCGGCGUGGUAUACGAAGUCACGCGCGAGGACUAUGCCAUCAUCAUCAACACCGAGGGCGGCGGCGCGAGCUAUGCCGAUGUCAGCGUGCGCUGCUGGCCGCUUGCGCGCGGGCUGAGGGAUGUGCCUGGCGAGGGGGAAUUGGUUCCGGACGGGGGGUUUCUGGCUCAUACGCUGCUUGCGCCGGCGGGGCGAGGGAGACGCGGGAAGGUGGUGCUGGAUGCGCAGCCGAGUGUGCGGUACAAGGGGUUGUUGACGACCGGGGCGGACGAGCAUGAUUUGCCGGCGUCGUAUCGGGUGUAUCUAGACGGGCUUCCGGCGUAUCGGAUUACGCAGUGGAGGCAGGGCGUGGGGAAGGUGACGGUUAUUGCGAUGUUUGGGCCGUUGGUGCUGGGGCUUAUUGGCUUGGGUAAGGUGUUGGGGGAUAGGCAUGGGAGGAUUCCGAGGUGGUUGGGGGAUGUCAUGACGGUGGUGUUCAAGGUUAUGUGGGCUAUGUAUGAGGUGGUGUUCAAGCCGGCGUUUGGUGAUGGUGAGAAGACGGUCGGGAGCGAGCAGGAUCGAGGUGAGCGGACGAGUCUGCUUUGUGAGAAGACGAGGCUGCGGGACUGA